GGCACUCUCAUUAAUCUAAGUAAAGCCUAAAGAUAUUAUUAUAUUAUAUUCAUCAACUUAUUCUAUAAUGAGAAGUGACUGAAGGGCCACGUUACCCGAAUCGAAACGUCAUCGUUUGGACAUACAAGGCUAUGCUCUGCUGCGCCUCUCUCAUCUUUCACCUGGAAAAACCAGUACCAUCGAGCGAGUCGCCCCAAAUCUCUCCUGUUUCUCUGUAGAUCAACUGAAUCGCUACAAUUUCGUCUCUUUUAUAUAAUCCCUAAAACAGUAUUUUGUAUUCUUCUCCUCCUUCUUCGCCACUUGAAAACCCUAAUAAAUUCCCAAAUCAACCAUAGUCUUCACAUUAUUGAAAUCCUGGAUCAGCACUUCUGUUUGCUCAUUAUAUCCUAAACUUUGCAGCUGAGUCAACUCAUUGACUGAUUCAAUAAGUCCUUUCACAUUACUCUCUCAAUUUAAACUCCACUUGUUUAAGCUGUUAGCAUCCGGUUUAUAUUCGAGUUAACUCAGUCAGACUCAGUGAGUUACUCUGAAACAGAUUUUUUUGGAAAAUUUGAGAUUUUGAAGUUGUGGUUUGGUACUGAAUAGAGGUAUGUGAAAAUGGAGGGAAGCAAAGGGUUUGGUGGAAUUGGGGAGAAUGGCAGCUCCAGCGAGGGUCGGCCUCCGAAUCCUCUCUCUGAAGCGUGUCGACAGCGUUUUAGCAUUGAUAACGUUACCGUUUCGUGUAAGAAGACGCUUGUUCGGCACCAGUCCCUUGUGAAAACAAGGACAUCAGAUAUCUCUGUUGAACCUGAUCUUGGCGUAGAAAAUCACAACACUGACUUCAUUCCUAUUGUCCGUUCUGGAGCAUGGAAGGACAUUGGCUUUCGCACCAGCAUGGAAGAUGUAUAUAUAUGCAUUGACAAUUUUAUGAGUGACUAUGGACUCAAUAAUGUAGUCAGUGGGCCUAAUUCCUUCUAUGGGGUGUUUGAUGGACAUGGAGGAAAACAUGCGGCAGACUUUGCAUGCUUGCAUUUGCCAAAGUUCAUUGUUGAGGAUGAAGACUUCCCAAGGGAGAUUGAGAGGGUUGUUGCUUCUGCAUUUCUGCAAACUGAUGCUGCUUUUGCAAAGGCUUGCUCCCUGGAUACAGCCCUUGCUUCUGGCACGACUGCACUGGCAGCUCUUGUCAUUGGGAGGUUGUUGGUGGUGGCAAAUGCUGGAGACUGCCGAGCAGUGUUAUGCCGUCGUGGCAAAGCAAUUGAAAUGUCUAGGGAUCAUAAACCAACUUGCAGCAAAGAGAGGAAGCGUAUUGAGGCGUCAGGGGGACAUGUUUUUGAUGGUUACCUCAAUGGUCUACUUAAUGUGGCUCGUGCUAUAGGAGACUGGCACAUGGAAGAAAUGAAAGGUACAGAUGGUGGGCCACUUAGUGCAGAACCAGAGCUUAUGACUACAGAACUGACAGCAGAGGAUGAAUUCCUUAUUAUAGGUUGUGAUGGGCUCUGGGAUGUGUUUAGGAGCCAAAAUGCUGUGGAUUUUGCCAGGCGGAGGCUUCAGGAGCACAAUGACCCACUCACGUGUAGCAAAGAUCUGGUUGAUGAAGCUUUGAAAAGGAAAAGUGGGGAUAAUUUAGCUGUUGUUGUGGUUUGCUUCAGAUCUGAGCCUCCCCCUAACUUAAUUGCCCCACGCCCAAGGGUGCAUAGGAGCUUCUCUGCUGAGGGUUUGAGGGAGUUGCAAAGCAUCUUGGAUAGCUUGGCAAAUUGAGAUGGGCACGAAUGCUUUUUCAGUUUCUUCUUUCUUUCUUUUUGUUCUCCAAUUUAAAGUCGUUGUUGUAGUUUUAGAUAUUGAGAGAUUCGAGUUCAACUGUAACAUAUGCGGCAGCAAGUUGGUAGCAUAAUUUGUUGCUUGGUAGGAGUUUAAUCUGUCUCAUUGUAUUUUAGCUUUUGUAUGAGCAGCAGAUAUUUUAAACCAAAUUAUUUAUUCCAUGAAGAUAUUUCAA